ACAUUCGUCGGUAUGGCUUUCAGUACAAUAAAUUCCCUCUGAGUGAUCGUGCGGUAUGAUUUUGUGACAUUCCGUGUGUCUCCUAUGUGUGGCCAAUUUAUUCGUCAAAAUGUGGUGAAUGUGUCGCGCAGAAAAGAUCAUCAAAAAUAAAUUUAAAAAACAUUUUUUAGAGACUCCAGAAAAAAACUUUAAAAAUAAAUUCAGUGAUGUUCUCGUGAGAAUCUCGAGAAAAGAAACUGAAAAAAAAGGUCCAAUCUGUGAUAUUUGUGAAGGUAGCUGUGAGACUUUCUAACAAAUCAGCACUAUCCAACAUCCUCGAAGAAGUAGAGAAAAAAUCUUUUAAAAUUACUUCAAAGAUUUUUUAAAAAAAUCCAAUAAUUCUCAUUCGUAAAAUCUCCACAUCAACCCCCUAAAGAAGGUGCGGGGCGUAAAACCCGCUAAAAGAAAAUCAUCAUUUUCUCCGACGGGAAUAAGUUGGGACCCGCAGCAGCGGGACGAGGAAUGUUCUGCUAUCAUUGUCCACCUGCAUUGCAUCCCACAGGACCGCAUCCACCACGACUACCAGCCCUGGACUACCCUUUUGCACCAACACAUCCUUGCAAAAUUCUCUUUCCAGACACAAGCUAUUCCUAUCAUCCUGCAAUCCACGAUGAGACCUUCGUCCGGCGGAAGCAGAGACGCAAUCGAACGACUUUUACGCUACAGCAGUUGGAGGAACUUGAGACGGCAUUCGCCCAAACUCACUACCCCGAUGUCUUCACCCGAGAAGACUUAGCAAUGAAGAUCAACUUAACCGAAGCUCGAGUUCAGGUUUGGUUUCAAAAUCGCCGAGCAAAGUGGCGAAAGGCAGAACGUUUGAAAGAGGAACAGCGAAAGCGUGAGAAUAGUGGGGAGGCUCCAAUUCUACCGGAUAAGAUUGAAAGUAGCCGAGAUUCUUCACCUGAUAUUACGGGGGAUGCUGAUGAUGAUCGACGAAGCUCCAGCGUCCCCCCAAUGAGCCCUCGAAUGGAUUCCGAAACGGAGAGACCGCUCUCUUCAUCCCAUCUCACGCAAUCGCUAUCUCAAUCGGGAUCAGGUGGUAGUCCCGGGUCACCUUCUCCCGGUUUAAGUCGAAUGUCUCAACAUUCAGCUGCUAGUCCAACAACAUCACAAGCAUCAGACUCCCCAAUUGAAGUGGGUGGACCGAUUUCCUUGACAACAACUCGCUCAGCGGCCCUCACAACACCCUCAUUCGGCAAUAGCAUCUUCACCAGUUUCACUGACACAAACGGCGGCUUUCGCCCAGUGCUGGACAAUGGGACCCCUCGUGCGACUCCACCACUUUUCCUGCCCCCGCAUUUGGCAUCAUUGAGUUCUCAAUUUGCUCCUCCACUCUUUCCGGCACUCAAAGCAUUCCCGGGACUUUGUUCAUGUUGCCCCAUCAAAGCACCCAAUAUUCCAUCGUCCACUGUGGCCUCCUCGGGCGUCUCCUCGCCAGCUGCUUCUCUGUCAUCGGUAAUCACCACAUCAUGCCCAUCGCUGCCAGAUCCACGUUCCAGUUCAGUUGCGGAGCUACGUCGAAAAGCGCAGGAACAUUCAGCGGCACUUCUGCAAUCCCUCCAUGCUGCAGCAGCAGCUGGAUUGGCUUUCCCUGGCCUCCAUUUGCCACCAUUGUCCCUUCACAGUGCUCUCCAUAGCCGGAAAAGUGAGCUACUUGCUGAUUUACCCAGUAUUGGGAAUAAUAACAACAACGACACCCCAAUGGCCCCAACGACACCCCUUCAUCCACCAAAUGGGGCCCUCCCGGCUGCUGCAACGUCUGAAAAGUCAUCGGGAGAUUGAAAUGAAGGCAAAUACUUUCGAGGAAAAUUCCCGGAAAAAUUCUCGAAUAAACUGAAAGGGAAAGAUUAGUCAGAGAACCAAAGUAUUAGGGAUUUUCUUCUCAUCUUUUAUCAAAUCUUUUUUCUUUACUGUAAAUAAAAUUAAUUAAAAAUUUAUGUUCAAUAAAGCGGAUAAAAUAGUAAAGAGAAAAUUAGUUAGGUUUACUACAUACCUGAAUUUCUUGCAAUCAUUCCAAAAUGUUCCAUGAGAUCCAAAGAUUUCCUUUUUAUUUUUCAAAGGAAAUAAUAUAGAGAGAAAAUGAGAAGAGAAGAAAAAUCAAUAAAUAAUCGUGUAAAAAAUUGUGUUGAAAAACUUUGAAUUCAUUGAAUAAUGUAAAAUUGUCUUUAAUGCGAAAAUUAAAAGGAAGAUUUUGUAAAUAAAAUAUCGAUUAGUUGUGGUUGAAACUCUUUUUUCCCAAGUUAUAAUUAAGUUUUUUUUUUUUUAUUUCUCUAAACUUAAAAGAAAAAAGUUUCAAUCUCAACUUGAAUGAAAGAUUAAAAAAAAAGAAGAUAAUUCUCUAAUUAAUAAAUAAUUUUCCAAAUAUUAAUAGUAAAUUAGGAAGGUAAAACAUAAUAGAUUUUAGGGAUUAUUUAGAAUUAUUAUAUUACAUUACAAUUAAAACACGUAUAUACUGUGCCAAUUUAUUCUUAGACGGUUAGAAAGUAAAGAUAAUAUUAAUAAAAUAAAAAAAAAUCUGUAGGGAAAAAGAAACAAAUGAGAAAAAUAAAAAGCGACUGUGCAGAAAUAAA